AUGGAAGACCCCGUGCGCUGCGAAUGUCAGAAACACGCGCAAGACGAUGGCUACAGUCAGGGGGAAUUGUUGCCGUUGACGGCGUUUAGACAAGUGGAGAAGCGCUACAAACUUUACCGUUACGACCGCCGGACAUCACGGCGCUUACAAGUUCCUGAAACGGACUUUAGCGAUGUUGUUGAUUUUCGCAAUCUUGAGGCGAACACAGCAGCAAACCUGGCGUGUAUUUCCACCAGGGAGUGCCAUGAGGAUGACCGGCUCGUGAAGUGUUGCACAUUUGCCGGCGUCCCCGGAAUGGAGGUGUUCCCGAAUUUUCUCACGGAUGCGGAGCAGCAGGAAUUUUGCCGCGCUGCCUUACUGGAAUACGGCGAUUCUCGGCGGCACCCCAAUCACCUCUCGACCCAUGCGAGCGAGCCAAGGGAAACAACACGUUAUGAACCACCAAUGCGUUGGGCGACGGUGGGGUUUAGUUAUCAAUGGUCAUCUAAAUCAUACUGCAAGGAGAAGUAUUCGCAUUUUCCCCGGCGGCUUCGAAAAUGUGUUGAACGAAUUGCCCGCCUUUGUAACGUUUCACAGCCUUACGAGCCACAAACUUCGAUUGUCAACUACUUCCCGGUAGGGGCUAUGAUGAUGGCUCACCAGGAUGUGAGUGAAGAAGUGCUGCAACAGCCGCUCAUUAGUAUUUCUCUGGGAUGCUCAUGUGUUUUUCUCAUGGGGACCGAGUCUCGUGACGAUACGCCGUGUGCCUUUUGGCUCCGUAGUGGCGAUGUUAUUGUCGUGAGCGGUGCCUCCCGAACAGCUUACCACGGCGUACCACGCAUUAUGGACGAUUGUCCGCAGUACUUGUGCCCACAGAAUGAAACGGAGGAGGAAGAAGGAGAAUUUUACUGGAGGGAGCAGAUGCGUCAUUUGCGUGUCAAUAUUAACGUAAGACAGGUGUACCCUGACAGGUGUGAGUUCCUUAACGAAUGA